AUGGGACGAAAUCUAAAGAUCUCAAAAACCAUAAAGUAUCUCGGACUUACAUGGGAUCAGGGUCUCACAUGGCUGCCCCACCUUCAAGACAUCAGAGUCAAGACAGCAAAUAUAGCUAAGAAAGCCAGACAAUUCCAGGGAAGCAACUGGGGGCAAAACCCUCACAUCCAGAAACUGCUAUAUCUAACGGUAGCGGAGAGAAUUGUUCUUUACGCAUCGGCUAUAUGGGCGCAACCAAUGAGCAGUCGCAAGAUCAAACUCUUGACAACAAUACAACGGCCAUUUGCUCUAAACAUAAGUAGGGCAUAUAGGACAACGGCAUCAAGUGCAAUAACGGUCCUUGCGGGACUAACACCCCUGCACAUAAAGGCCAGCAUAGAAGCUGCAUAUGAGCGCCUAAUUAGGCUAAAACAAGAUGCCAACUUUGCUGGCACCGCCUUCCAUGCAACACAGUAUGAAUUACCAGGGAGUGUGCAGUAUGUGCACCCGGCACACAAAAGUAAAGGCAUCCAUGUCGUGACAGCACAACACCCAACGCCUCUCAGAGAAACUCCACAUGUGAACUCACGAUUCUACACCGAUGGAUCAAAGCAUGACAAUGGAGUGGGAUGCGCCUUCGUUCACUUCAAAAAUGACCGAGUGGAAAGCAAAUGGAAAGGCCAUCUCGCUACCCACAACAGCAUUUUCCAGGCAGAAGCUGUGGCAAUAGCAGCUGCAAUUCAGUAUGCUCAGGAUAUCAAUCUAGCAGCAACCGAAAUUCACACAGACAGCAUGUCAGUGCUACAGGCAAUCAUGAAUCACCACCAUACCUCACCCACAAUUAUAGCAAUCCAACAGCUCCUGCGUAACAAUAUGCAAACACACAUCAAACUAAUCUGGGUGAAAGGACAUGAUGGCAUAGAGGGUAACGAGAUGGCAGACCAGUUAGCAAACGAGGCGGCACUCAACAACGACGCGCAAGAGGUGACAACUCCAAUCCCGACUUCGUAUUUAAAGCGAAAGCUAAGAGAACUAAGCAAAGAACAGUGGCAACAGGAGUGGGAUAACUGUGAUACAGGAAGAAGGACACAUGGAUUCUACCCAAUAGUAGACAACGAACGUCUCCAGGCCAUUGCACCCUUGACAUACUAUAUCACGGGGCACGGCCCAUUUCCAUCCUAUUUUCAAAGACAUGCAAUUUCGAUGACAGAUAUAUGCGUGCGUCUGCGGGGCAACUGGCUCCCCCCCGACCACUACAUAUUUGAAUGCAGCCUUACAUCCAACUUACACCUACCACUCCCAGCCACAAAUAUAGAAUCAUAUAAACGAUUCAUCAUUAAGCACCCACCAGCGGUCAAAAAGAUCUGCCAAAUAAUUAGGCAGGUCAACGACCUAGGGCAAGAUAUCUGCCAACCAAACUAG